AUGGGUUCAUCAAAACUAAACGGUGGUGUAAUGGUGGUGGGUUCUGAUCAGCUUGGUGUGGGGGGAGAUAAUGCCCCUGAGAAUGACAGCACCGACCCCUUAUGCGAAGGCGCUCCCAUGAAUCCGAGAUCAAGGAUUCACCGCUCGUCGACCGUCUCUCAACUUCCAUCUUUCAUGGUUUCGGCGCCUGGAAAGGUCAUUGUAUAUGGUGAACAUGCUGUAGUUCACGGCAAGGCAGCAAUUGCUGCUGCCCUCUCUCUUCGAUGUUAUCUACUGGUCACACCCCUACCGAAGACUGCUCAUAAAUUGACUCUUCGGUUCCCGGACAUUGGUCUUGAUCAUUCUUGGGACAUUGAGUUGUUGCCAUGGGAUACGUUUUCUGCGCCCGGAAAAAAGAAAUACUACUUCGAUACUGUUGAACGACUGGAUAACCAGCUAAUGAACGAGAUAAAACCAUUGGUCGCCGAUAUUCCUGGGAAGCAUGCCCCGGCAUCAAUAUAUACCUUAAAGUCUACAAUUCCCAUCGGGGCAGGGCUUGGAAGUAGUGCGAGUAUAUCUGUUUGCCUGAGUACAGCCCUGCAGCUUCAGAUGGGAACAUUGACAACACCCUUCAACGGAAUGAUGUCAAAUGAAACACAAUUGCAACUUAAGAGAAUCAACAAUUGGGCGUUUGUAGGGGAAAUGUGUAUUCAUGGAAACCCCAGUGGGGUUGACAACACAGUAGCCACUGGAGGGAAGGCGGUGCUCUUCAAACGAACGGAUUAUAGUCUGCCUCCACAGGUAACCCAUAUGAGCAACUUCCCUGAACUUCCACUUCUGUUAGUCAAUACAAAGCAGCCUCGGCGGACUUCUGAACAGGUUGCCAACGUCCACAGCCUUCUUUCUGCUCAUCCCGAGAUCACAAACUCACUUCUUGAUGCAAUUGACCGAAUUACUCUUGAUGCACAUAGAAUUAUCUCUAAUCCCGAGUUCUCUGCUCAACCCGGAAGUCUGGACCUUGUUCGGCUUGGUGAACUGAUCCGCAUAAACCAUGGUCUUCUCGUAUCGUUGGGAGUUUCGCACCCAAAACUGGAGCGAAUAAGAGAGUUAAUUGACUACACAGGCAUCGGGUGGACUAAGUUAACUGGUGCUGGAGGAGGAGGUUGUUCUAUUACCCUUCUGAAACAAAAUGUUAGACAGAGCGUUCUAGAUGAUCUAGAUACAAAACUAAGUAACGAAGGUUUCGAAAAAUAUAAAACUACGCUAGGGGGCGAUGGUGUUGGUGUCUUGUGGCCUGCCGUACUCAGGACAGACAAAGAGGUUGAGAUUACACAGGACAUGUUCUUAGCCGCAGAUGGAAUGGAGGGAGUGGAGGACCUAGUAGGCGUUGGAGCCAUUGGGAAGGGGAACCAAGGCUGGAGAUUUUGGAGAGAGUGGAUUCCAGAGGAGACUGAGUUUACCUUGCAUUAA